UAUAGGGGGGGGAGGUGAUCGGCGCAUGCGUGCUUCUCCUGCUGUUCCUGCUGCUCCCGGGGCUCCUCUUCCGGCCUCCCCAGUUUCUAGUUGGGUUGAGGUGCCGCGGCCGGGUGCCCCCUCCGCUCGGGGCUACCGAACUGACCUCUGACCCCGGAAGUGAACAAGAUAUUGGGACCCCUUAGCAUUCUUGGGUGCCUGGUGGGCGCCGCUCGGGCUGGCUCCGACCCUCCUACCCGCGGUUUCUCCAGGCUGCCUGGGCCCUUCACCCGUGGGGUCCGCUGUCCGCACCCCCUAUUCCUGGGCCCCCCGACCCUCGGGUUCCCCCAGCUGUCUGGGUCCUUCACCUGUGGGGUUCCCCACCCCUGCCCCUUACCUAAGCUCCCUCUUGCCUUGGCUCCCCUGCCCCCCAACCCUCCUGCCUUGGUCCCCACUUGCUUGCCUCCCCAGCCCUGCUCCCCUAACCCACUGCACCAGCUACUCUUUCCACAGGGUCGUGCUUUCCCACCCACGGUCCCCCCUCACCACUGUGCUGACCACUACCCUUCUUGGGCCAUUCACCUCACUGAGCCUCCCCUCUCCUGGGGUCCCCAUCUGCUGGGCUGCUGUUCAGCGGCAACAAGGCAGGUGCCAGCCUGUUCCCCAGGGCGCCCUCUCCUAUGCCCCCAGUUGGUCCCACCUCUACUUGAGGCAGUCCCCUCCACUGGAGAGUUAGCUCCCUGCCACCCUACCUCCUUCCUCAGCCUGUUUAAUUGUAAUUUCCUUGUGACAGUGGAGACCAUCCCGCUCCAGUAAUCAUAAUGGCAUGAACGGAGUGUCAGGUGGUGAAUGUGGAGGGAGAGAGGAGGCUUGUUGACGGGGAGAGAGAAGAGCCCCCUGGAUGGCUAGUGAGACUUCACAGCAGCGGUAGCUGAGGGUCUCACGUGUGGGUGUGUGAGGUGCCCAUCCCUGCUGGAGGAGUGCAGCCUGGUUUAACAGGGAGAGGGGGGUGGGGUUGGUGUUUGGGGUCCCAGCCUGUGGAUCAUGGCCUUCAAGUUGCCUUGAUGAAGGAUAUUACAGGUGCAAGCUUGGCAGUCACGUUCCCUGAGCAGGAGGAACGGGCGGAGGGGGAGGAAGAAGAGGCACCGCCGUGGCCAUGGGCUCGCAGGUGCUGCAGAUCCUGCGCCAGGGCGUCUGGGCCUCGCUGACGGGCGGCUGGUUCUUCGAUCCCCACCAGAGCACCUUCUCCAACUGCUUCCACCUCUAUACCUGGAUCUUCCUGCUCACCUUCCCUUUCCUGCUCUACAUGGUGCUGCCGCCCAGCAUGCUGGUAGCCGGCGUAUAUUGUGCGGUUAUAGCCGUCUUCUUCACCACCAUCAAGACCAUCAAUUUUCGACUGCACACCAUGUUUGACCAGGGCGAGAUUGUGGAGAAGGCCGGCUCGGUGCUGACUGAUGGGGCCAAGGCUGAGGAGGGCACUGCAGGGGAUGACAGCAACCUGGCCAGAGACCCGGGAGGGGGAGUCGAGAUGACAGUGUUCCGGAAAGUCAGCUCCACACCCCCGGUGAGAUGCAGCUCCCAGCACUCAGUAUUUGGUUUCAACCAAGUCAUGGAGCUGCUGCCCCACUUGGAGGACGCGGGAGCAGUGAGAGACAUCAAGGAGCUAGUGCGGGAGCAGGGCAGCAAUAACGUCAUUGUCACCUCGGCGGACCGCGAGCUGCUCAAGCGUGGCUCCCAGGAGAACAUCAUUGGCGACUCGCAGCUGGCCUCUCUCGCCCCAGGGUCCUGUGGUGAGGCCCCAGUGCCCCCUCCCAAGGCAGAGCCCCCUGCAGCUGGGAAGAAGCCACCCCCCUCACUGCCAGCUCAGACGUCCAUCCAGAGCACAGACUCCUCCGACCAGUCCCCCCUGGGCAUGGGAUCGUUGUCAGGGGUGAGGCCGGGCGGAGGGGCCCCGCGUCAGCUGCCUGGCAGCUGGCAUGCCAGCGAAUCGGAGAGUGCGGGCGACACCCCUCUCAGCCCUCUGAUCAAGAGCAGCCUGAGCGAGGAGCUGAGCCAGAGCUUUCUGAGCCUGGCGCUGCCCGAGCGCACUAUCCUGCGCACCAGCAGCCGCAAGGAGAAGCGACGCUCGGGCACUGACUACAGGCCCCUGGAGGGGCGGGGUGAGCCCAGCGAGGAGCGCUCCCGCAAGGCUGGUUCCUCCGACAGCUGCUUCAGUGGCACCGACAAGGAGACGCCCAGCACCCUCAGCAGCUACCGCAGUGAGAAGACCAACUCCACCCACCUGGACAGCCCCUCGCUGGGGCCAGCAGGGGACGCGGCGCCGGCCCUGGACACUGGGGUCCUGCCGGACGGCAGCGACACUGAUGCCCUGUCGGACAGCGAGCUGCUGCGCUCGCCCGAGCAGGGCCUGCUGGGGGAGCUGAGCUUCGCCAGCCACACAGACGAUACCCAGAACACCUUGGCCUCGCUGGAGACUGUGCGGGGCGACGGGGAGCCCUGGGAGGGCCCAGCCGAGCAGGUGGUGCGGCCCAAAGACCUGGCCCUGCUGCGCCCGGGGCACAAGCCAGGGCGCCGGCGCCCCUCCCGCAAACAUGGUGGGGGCAGCAGCAGCUUUGACAGCGGGUACCCGCGGGACUAUGCCCCCGUGCGCGCCAUCCUAGACAGCAAGGCCUACAGCGAGACCUUCUUUGAGGAUGAGGACUCGAGCGAUGGCAGUGACCUGAGCCAUGCCUCCAGCCUGCCCUCCCAGCACAACUAUAGCUCCGACACCUCCUCCAGCACCUCCUGCUACUCCCCGGAGGCCGUACCCCAGCGCCCGCGCCGCACCCCCAAGGCCGAGCCAGCCCCCGAGGUUGCUGAGCCCCCCAAGCGCCCGCACUACGCCCAGCGCAGCGCCAGCACGGCCAGCGCCAAGACCCAUGCCCGCGUGCUCAGCAUGGACGGGGGCAGUGGGGACAGCAAGGCCACUGCGGUGCUCACUGUCUCCAAGUCGGACCUAGAGGCCCGAACAGGGCAGCAGGAGCACUUUCCCCCGCGGCGGCUGGAGUCGGGGGGCAGCACCCGCAGCCAGUCGGCGAACCAGCCUGGUUGGAGGGGGGAGCUGCUGGAGGAGGGGGCCGUCGGGGGAGCUGCCACAGGUGAGGAGGGGAGCAAGCGGGAUCGAGCGAGCAGUGUCAAACGCACCCAGGCCAUGAGGCGGAGGCACAACGCGGGCAGCAACCCCACACCCCCAUCCUCAGUGAUGGGGUCCCCACCCAGCCUGCAAGACUUGCAACGGGGCCGUGCCUCCUCCCACUCACGGGCGCUCACGCUGCCCUCAGCUCUGCAGUUCGCCAGCUCCCUGCUGCUCCCGCGAGGCGCCAUCCACGAGGCCUGCAACUUCGAUGACACCUCCGAGGGCGCCGUGCACUACUUCUACGACGAGAGUGGUGUGCGGCGCUCCUACACCUUUGGCCUGGCAGGAGGCGGCUACGAGAACCCGGUGGGGCAGCAGGUCAGUGUGGAUCAUGUGACCAACAGCGCCUGGGACCGGCAUUCGCACUCCUCCAGCUUCAACUCCACCGACGUGCCCGAGGGGACGCCCGCCCUGUCGCUGCUGCAGCCGCGCCCUGUGGUGCUGCAGGGCAUGCAGGUGCGCAGGGUACCCCUGGAAAUCCCUGAGUUUGACCUGCUGGAUCAGGAGUCCCUGCACGAGUCCCAGGAGAACACACUGAUGAUCGAGGACAAGUCCAAGCCGCGGCAGUACUACAAGUACUGGGUGCUGCCUGGGCGCUGGAUUCGCGUGCGCUACGAUCGGCUGGCGCUGCUGGCACUUCUCGACCGGAACCGGCGGGUGAUGGAGAACAUCUUCGUGGUGUCUCUGGGGUCCUUAGUGGCCUUCCUGGGCUACCUGCUGCUGCUGCAGGGCUUCUUCCGCGACAUCUGGGUCUUCCAGUUCUGCUUGGUCAUCGCCAGCUGCCAGUACUCGCUGCUCAAGAGCGUCCAGCCUGAUGCUGCUUCCCCCAUGCACGGGCACAACUGGAUCAUUGCCUACAGCCGGCCUGUCUACUUCUGCGUGGCCUGCAUGCUGAUUUGGGUGCUGGACUUGUGCGCCCGGGCUGUGCCUUUCCCACCCAUCACCUUCUACGGGCUCACCCUCUUCUCAACAGACUUCUUCUACGGUGUCCGGGAUGUCACCACUGUCUUCACCCUCUGCUUCCCUGCCAUCUUCCUCUUCGGGCUCCUGCCCCAGGUCAACACCUGCCUCAUGUACCUGCUGGAGCAGGUGGAUAUGCACAUCUUUGGCGGCACAGCUGCCACCAGCCCCCUCACUGCCCUCUUCAGUCUCCUGCGCAGUCUCCUGGUCGCUGUCCUCCUCUAUGGCUUCUGCCUCGGAGCCAUUAAGGCCCCGUGGGGUGACCAGCACGUCCCCGUCCUCUUCUCAGUGUUCUGCGGCCUCCUGGUCGCCCUGUCUUACCACCUGAGUCGCCAGAGCAGCGACCCCACUGUGCUGUGGUCCCUGAUCCGGACCAAGCUCUUCCCUGAGUUUGAGAACCGAAACGUGGAGAACGCACCAGCUGAGAUUCGGGACCCGCUGCCUGAGAAACUGCGCAACUCCCUGAGGGAGAUCCUGCACUCAGACCUGGUCAUGUGUGUGGUCAUCGCAGUGCUCACCUUCGCCGUCAGUGCCAGCACCGUCUUCAUUGCCCUCAAGUCUGUUCUAGGCUAUGUGCUGUAUGCCCUGGCUGGGUUGGUCGGGCUGCUCACCCACUACCUGCUGCCCCAGCUCCGCAAGCAGCUGCCUUGGUUCUGCUUCUCGCUGCCUGUGCUGAAGCCGCGCGAGUACAGCCAGUUCGAAGUGCGCAGCGCGGCCCAGUUAAUGUGGUUCGAGAAGCUGUAUGCCUGGCUGCAGUGCGUGGAGAAGUACUUCAUCUACCCAGCCGUGGUGCUCAAUGCCCUGACGGUGGAUGCCCACUCAGUCAGUGCCCCCCACCAGGACAAGAUCUGCAUCUACUGCCGCGCACUCCUCAUCACCAUGGCUGGCAUGAAGCUGCUGCGCUGCUCCUUCUGCUGCCCGCCCCAGCAGUACGUGGCACUAGGUUUCACCGUCCUCUUCUUCCACUUCGAUUAUCAGCGCUACUCGGAGGGCUUCCUCAUCGACUACUUCGUCAUGUCCAUCCUCUUCAGCAAGCUAUGGGACCUGCUCUACAAGCUGCGCUUCGUGCUCACCUACAUCGCCCCCUGGCAGAUCACGUGGGGCUCAGCCUUCCAUGCCUUUGCCCAGCCCUUCGCCGUGCCCCACUCAGCCAUGCUGUUCGUGCAGGCCGUGCUGUCGGCCUUGUUCUCCACCCCACUCAACCCAUUGCUGGGCAGCGCUGUGUUCAUCAUGUCAUACGCCCGCCCCGUCAAGUUCUGGGAGCGCGACUACAACACAAAGAGGGUCGACCAUUCCAACACCCGCUUGGCCACCCAGCUCGACCGCAACCCAGGCGCUGAUGACAACAACCUGAACUCAAUCUUCUACGAGCACCUGACGCGCUCCCUACAGCACACGCUGUGUGGGGACCUGCUGCUGGGCCGUUGGGGCAACUAUGCCACCGGUGACUGCUUCAUCCUGGCCUCAGAUUACCUGAACGCGCUCGUGCACCUCAUCGAGCUCGGCAAUGGCCUCGUCACCUUCCAGCUGCGCGGCCUCGAGUUCCGGGGUACGUACUGCCAGCAGCGUGAGGUGGAGGCCAUCACAGAAGGUGUGGAGGAGGACGAGGGUUGCUGCUGCUGUGAGCCGGGCCAUCUGCCCCAUAUGCUGUCAUUCAAUGCAGCCUUCGGGCAGCGCUGGCUGGCUUGGGAGGUGGCGGCCACCAAGUACGUGCUGGAGGGGUACAGCAUCAGCGACAACAACGCCGCCUCCAUGCUGCAGGUCUUUGACCUGCGCAAGAUCCUCAUCACGUACUACGUCAAGAGCAUCAUCUACUAUGUGACAUGCUCAUCCAAGCUGGAGGAGUGGCUGGGGAACACUGUGAUCCAGGAGGCACUGCGCCCCUGCAUGACCCCCAGCUACGCCGACAGCGAUCCCACCUUCAACCUGAACAUUGACGAGGACUACGACCCCCGCAUGGCAGGCGUCACCCUGUCCUCCUUCUGCAACGUCUACCUGGACUGGAUCCAGUACUGCGCCGGCCGCAGGGACAAGCCCAUGGACAAGGAGUGGGACUCCCCGUUGGUCACCCUCUGCUUUGGGCUGUGCAUCCUGGGGCGCCGGGCACUGGGCACAGCCUCCCAUAGCCUGUCUGCCAGCCUGGAGCCCUUCCUGUACGGCCUGCACGCCCUCUUCAAGGGUGACUUCCGCAUCACCUCGCCCCGCGACGAGUGGGUCUUCGCCGACAUGGACCUGCUGCAUCGCGUGGUGGCACCCGGUGUCCGCAUGUCGCUCAAACUGCACCAGGACCAUUUCACGUCACCGGACGAGUACGAGGACCCGGCCGUGCUGUAUGAUGCCAUCACAGCCAACGAGGAGAAGAUGGUGAUCUCGCACGAGGGUGACCCAGCCUGGCGCAGCGCCAUCCUUGCCAACACACCUGCCCUGCUGGCGCUGCGCCAUGUCAUGGAUGACGCCAGCGACGAGUACAAGAUCAUCAUGCUCAACAAACGCUACCUGAGCUUCCGCGUCAUCAAGGUGAACCGGGAGUGCGUGCGAGGGCUCUGGGCCGGGCAGCAGCAGGAACUGGUGUUCCUGCGGAACCGCAACCCAGAGCGGGGCAGCAUCCAGAACGCCAAGCAGGCUUUGCGCAACAUGAUAAACUCAUCCUGCGACCAGCCCAUCGGCUACCCCAUCUACGUGUCACCCCUCACCACCUCCUACGCUGGCAGCCACCCCCAGCUGCGCUCCCUCUGGGGUGGCCCCAUCAGCCUGCACAACAUCUCCACCUGGCUCAUCAGCAGCUGGGAGAGGCUACAGAAGGGCUGCGGUGCUGGCUGCAACAGCGGUGGGAAUAUUGAGGACUCGGACUGUGGCGGAGGCUCCUCGUCCAUCAGCAACAACCCUGCAGGGCAUGGGCAGCAGGGGAGCAGUGCCCCAGGCGGGCCGAGCAUGGGCAUGGCCACCCCGGGGGCUUCAAACCCCCAGGAGCCACCCGUCACCACUGCCCAGCCUCAGCCAGGAUCAGAGCAAAGCCUUCCACUGGGCCAGAACUGGCUAGUGCGGCCGGUGCCGGAGAGCCGGCGCGAAGCCCCCCCUGCUGCCCCCUGGGUGCCUGCCCACCGCCUCUCCGGCAGCCAGCUGUCCUGCACCAGCUCGCUGGCCUCCAUGGCCUCCCAAGUCGAGGGAGCAGGGCCAGGCCGGGCCCCCCUGCCGCUCCCGCUGCCCCUACGGCCAGCACUGGGCACCUCGGCCACCUUUGCCUAUGAGGGACUGUGCGGAAAGUGGAGCCUGCCUGGCCGCAAGGGGCUCAAUGGGCUGGGGGGGAGCGAGGGAGAUGCCUCCCCAGGGGCCCCCGCCAGCAUCGGCACCACCCAGGGCACACCCCCCCGGGGGACCAGUGCCAGAGCACAGCCCUCUGUGCCCCCGGACCCAGGCCCUCUUGCUGACACCACGGAGGCCAACUCCUCCCAGCAGUGCUCCCCACUAGCAGAGCCAGAGCAGCAGCCGCCUGGCCCUGGUGCCCCACCACCUGAGUGGGGCCGGCAGCGGGAGAAGGAGAGCCCUGCCGCCCAGCCACUCCUGGAGCACCAGUACUGAGGGGGGGCAGUGGGAGCAGCCAUUGUCUUCCCCAUCCCUCGCAUUGAUACCAAUGGGCUGGUCCCACCACACAGUGCCCCCCGCACGCCUUCAGGACCCUGGACAGCAAUAAGGGGGCUAAUAGCUCCUCCUCCUCCACCUGCCCCUGCCUCCCCCCACCGGACUCCAGAGGGGACCUUAUGGACAACAGUACUGUCCCCCCCGUAGUGGGGGAGGGGCAGGCGGGGGUCCUCUCCACCAGAGACUCAACUGCUCCUCGGUCUCAGUACUGCUCCCCCGCGCUGCUCCCCCAGCGCUGUAUUUAAGGGGGGUUGGGACCCAAGCGAAUAACACUAUUUUUGAUUUUU